AUGCUCAGCGGGGAGGACGACAGCGGCUGGUUGAUGCCACCCAGCGUCAGCGAUGGCGGAGCAUCCGACACAUGGCAUGACGAUCUGGUCGUCCGCAAGCACAUCGCAGUGGCACACAAGCUUUUGGAGGUCAAGGGGCCCGCGCGCGCGGUCUUCAGACAUUCGGAUGUGUUGUGUGCACUCUCACUGAUUGCUGUGCGCUGCCAGCUGACCGGGCUCGGUCAGCGUCGUUGGCCGUCACGGUGCGCUGCUGCUCUCGCGCUCGUGCCGGUCGUCAUCAGCAUGUGCGCGGGGCAGUUGGAGGACAUGCUUGCGCGCGGGCGGACUGUGGCUUUGAUGUCCCGGAUGCACAGCGGGGACUGCGAAGCAGCGGUGGAAGGCGCUUCCGUAGAUGUCCUGGUCGACGGCGGCGGCUGCUGCUUGGACAAGGGCGCGGUGGGCGCGACACACGGGGUGCGGGAUGUGUCCUGUGAGGAGCUCUGGAAUGGGCGCGGGGAGUGA